AUGACAGCAACAGACAAAGGUUCCAAUGAAUUAGUCAAGUCUCGACUAGAAAAUGGUCGUUUCAUAAAUUCAUUCAAUCCUCAAUAUAAAUUGUCUCAUCUAGGGCUUGUUUUAAUAUGGGAGAUUACUUCACCAGAUAAUACACGAUUGCCAUCUAAUAAAAAAGAUCCUGAUAAAAUUUUACCCGUUAUUCGACAUGAAAAACCCAAAGAAUUCUAUUUAACAAAACCCGGUUUACGAUUUAUUUGGAUUGGACAUGCUUCAUGUUUUAUUCAAAUGAACAAUUUUCGAUUCUUUGUCGAUCCAGUUUUCAGACAAUGGUUUCUUGAUAAUCAUAUAAAAAAUGUUGUAGAACUGGAUUGGUGGGAAGAAUAUUAUUUUUCAAAAAAAGAAGUAAACAUUGCUUUUUGUCCAGCUCAACACUGUAGUCGUCGUACUGCAUUCGAUUUAAACAAAUCUUUGUGGGGCAGUCAUGCUGUCUGGGAUAUUACACAUAAAUUCUACUUUAUCGGCGAUACAGGUUAUACUCAUAACAUUUCAAUUUUUCGACAAAUUGGCAAAAAAUAUGGUCCAUUCGAUUUAAGUGCUAUACCGAUCGGUAUUUAUGAACCACAAUGGAUAAUGCAAGCUCAAGAUGUGUCACCAGAUGAAGCUGUUCAAAUACAUAUUGAUGUUCAAUCAAAAACUUCGAUUGGUACUCAUUGGGGUACAUGGGCAUUCGCAAAUGAAUAUUUCAUGGAACCACUUAAAAAACUUGCUCAAGCAGUUCAAAUAAAUCAACUUGAUCCGUCAUCAUUUGUUGCAGGUGGUUCUUGGAUCAGCACAUUGGGUGUUGGUGCUGAUGGUGGUUGGUCUAUAUCAGCGGAAAUAACGACGAUUCCUCGAUCAGAUGCGCCUUUCUAUUGUGGACAACCACAAGCAGGUUCAUGUAUUUCUGUUAAUACUGGUUCAAAAAUUAACAAAAUUGCACAGUUUUCAAUUGGUUGUGCAACAACUACUGUGAUAGAAGUUGAUAUAUACAAGCCUGAUGGCAUGAUGGUUGGUCCUUUAAAAGUAAAUCCGUCAAACUCCUCUUUAUAUACAAUAAGCAUAACCUGGACACCAACAUCAAUGGAUAUAGGCACUAAUCUUCUUUGUUAUACCCCUUUGGAUGAUAGGAAUCAACAAGGCGAUCAAGUAUGUAUUAAAUAUUUCGUAAGUGAUAAUGAUUCGAAAUUUGCUCGUUUCAAAUAUAUAAAUGGAAGUUUGAAACCUGUUGGUCAAGUUUAUUCAAAUCAAAGUGUUUGGUAUAUUGAAUAUACUAAUGAAGUUCGUCGACCUAGUUUAGAUGCAUAUGUUCGUUUUUAUUCCAAUUCAACAAACAAACAAGUUCAUCAAAUUAAUGUUCGAACUAAUUUAAAAGAUGUUAUUUUUUCAAAGAAUACUCUUACUUUUUUCACUUCGAUUAACUGGAUUUUGGGUGAACAUUAUUAUAUUCUAUUAGACAGGUCAGUUGUCACUGAUCCAAGUGUUUGUGGACCACAAAGUCCACCUGUUGAUGAUGUCAAUUUUUGGACAUUUGAAGUACAAAGUGAAGGUUGUUUUCGACCGAAAAUAAGAUUAAUUCCAAGUGGAACAUCGUUAUCAUCACCAUUACAGUUUCGUCGAAGUCAAGAUUUUUAUAUACUUUCAAAAAUUGGACUUAACUGUAAUGAUUCACUAACAACAACUACAAAAUGGACAAUAAAUAAUUGCUCAUUGGAAUGUUCAUCACCAGUUCAACUUGAUCAAACAAUCAUAACGAAUUUUAGCGAACUUUUUAUUCCAGCACGAACAUUUCCAUAUGGACUCUAUGAGUUAAAACUAACAGUCACAAUGAAUGCUUCACCAAAUUUAACUUCAUUCGCGUCUGCUUUUGUAAGAAUCACACCAUCAGGUAUAGCAGCAAAUCUAGCUCCAUUAGGAACUACGAUGAUUACACAUGGUUAUCAACAAAAUUUAAUAUUGGAUCCAGGAAGCUAUUCUGUAGAUCCUGAUCAAAAUAAAUUUGAAGCAACUCAUUGGACUUAUGAAUAUUACUGUCGAAUCUAUGGGGUCUCGAGUUUUCAAAGUUUAGCAAUAUCGAGUGAUGCUGAGAAGCUAUUAUGUUUUGAAGGCAAUGGAAUAUUAUGGAAUUUUAAUGAGAUGUCGACGGCACCAAACUCAUCGUUAACAAUAACUGCUGGUUCACUUUUAUCAAAUCGAACUUAUCAAUUUAUGGUACGUAUGGAAAAUCGUCAAACUUCUUCAAUUCAAGUUACAGGAUUUGUACUUGUCAAUGUUGUUGAUACUCGUUCUCGAGUGAUUGCUGUUGCAUGUAGUAUUUCAAAAAUGUGUCAACCAAAUUUAGAAUAUCAAUAUCUCAAUCCAACAACACAAGUAGCACUUUACUCUAUUUGUACUGGUAAUUGUACAAAAAUUUUAAGUAUUAUCUGGAAUAUCUAUCAAGGUACGAUUUUAUCUUCAAAUAUUAUUCAAUGGAAAAUGUUAAAUGAAAUAAAUACUUAUGAAAAUAUUUGGUUUUAUGGUAGAUAA